AUGUCUCGAACAGUGACCAAUCGGGUGGCGAGAGCCGUGCACGUGCUGCUAUUGGCUGCUAGAUCUGACAGCCGAUCUGACGGGCGGGGGAGAGCGCUGCUGGUUGAACUUCGCAGACUGAAGAAGCUUCCUGCGGGUUUCCUGCGAUCUAUUGCUGAGGAGCUGUGGCGCCUGCAGGAGUUUGAACUCGCAGCAGAUGUCCUUGAGUCGGUCCCACCAGCCACCUGCCCUGAUAACAAGCGGCCAGAUUCAUCAGAUUCUUCAGAUGCAUCAGAUUCUGAGGAUUGUCAAGAGUCUGACGAUUCUGAAGAGUCUGAAGAAUCGGAAGGUUCUGAUUUUCCUGCUCGCGGUGGCAGCAGCCCUGAGAGCGAGAUGACACAUCAGCAGAGGACAUGUGGCAGCCAGAAGUGGACAGGUGGCGCACUGCGAUUGCAUGCCCGUGUGGCAGCGGGGCUGGUGGCAGCGAAUCAGGUGGAGAGGGGAGUGCAGCUGAUUGGUCAGAUGCCGCGAGUGCAUACACAGCAGUUCAUUCCUUCAAACCAGCAGUUCAUUCCUUCAAACCAGCUGACAGCAGCAGAAAGACAGGCCGCACCACAGCAACAGACAGCAGCAGAGCAACCAGCUGCAGUAGCAGAGCAACGUCUCUCACCCACCAGCAUCUCUUCUCAUUCCUCUCACCCCUCCCACACAAUCACCGUUCCCGCUCGCCCCCUCUCCUAUGCUUCGGGCUGUGCUCUGAUAGAGGCGUUUGGCGAGGUGGGGGUGGCGGACGGGGCGGUUGGGAUUCUUGAGGAACCUCAAAAUUCGUGUCGCCCCCUCUCCUAUGCCUCAGGCUGUGCUCUGAUAGAGGCGUUCGGAGAGGUGGGAGUGGUGGACGGGGCGGUUGCCAUGCUGCUGUGUAUGAUGGCAUGCCCUGUGGUGGCGGGGUGGGAUGAACCUACCUCGGGGUGGGAUGAACCUUCCUUGGGUUGUGAGAGCAGGAUCCCAACCCGGGCUUUAAAGAGGGAGGCACAUGCGGUGUUGCUGCUUGCAGCCGCCCUCGCCCGCUGCAGUCGCCCCGACGAUGCCCUCGCGCUGCUGCGCUUCGUGCUCCAAUCAGGAGCUGCCACGUGGCGGGCUUCAUGGGGGAGAGGGCAGUGGCAGCAGGUCGCGUCCAUGCUCCAUCACAUGGCUGCUGACGUGUCACCUUCUGCUGACGUGGCAUACAGCAACAGGUCAGUGGCACCAGAGCCAGCUGUGCAAUCCCCACCACCAGCAACCACUGUGAACCUGGCAGCGCGCCUUCUGGGUGCCGCUGUCGUCCCAAUGCUGCCUCCAGCUGUCGUCCCACAGCUCCUGCCAGCUGUCGUCCCACGGUUGGCUGAGGUCCCGCGGGCGGCACCACAGGCAGCAGCCCGGGCGGCGGCUCGGGUGGCAGCACAGCUGGCAGGAAGUGCAUCAAGUGCAGAAGCAGAAGUUGGGAGCUUUGCGGGAUUCAGAAUCGUCCUCAACCUUCCCCAAACACGUUCCGAAUCACCGCCGGACCUACCCCAGCAGCAGCAGCAGCAGUUGCCAGCACUCUCAGGCGAGGACAGCCGAGCACUGGUUCGUGCUUUCACUGCCCUGCUCCGGCGCUACAUGGCUGCGGUUACCAGCAGAAAUGGUGCGAGUGCAACUGACAGUGUUGAGCUGCAGCUUGAUCUGCAUGGGUUGCACUCUGAAGCUGCUGCUGUGGUGCUGCUGGCCUGGCUCGUCAUGAGGCAGUGCGAGGGAACAGUGCAUGAGACAGCGGGAGGGGUUAGCAGCAGUGGUUUGGAGGCCGCAGGGAGUGGCAUCGACUCGACGGGCUUAGAUUUGCUCUGUGGGGCUGCACGAGAUGUGGGGAAUGGGGGGCGGAGACUGGAAUGGAAUCAAGGAGAUGAGCACCUGCCGAACCGCUCGUCAUUGUCGCCUGAAAAGACUGGAUUAAGGUCCGCCGCACGAACGACCGCCGCGGUGCGAGGGACCGCGCAAGAAAGCGCACGCGGAGCCGCCUCGCAAUCCGGCACGUGCGCGGUAAACCCCUUGCGCCCUUCCGCAGCGGGGAGAGGUUUUGCAACGGCGUCCGCGGCAACGCCGGGGACAAGCGCCAUGGCGGAGACGUGCACGCGGAGUGUCCGGGCGAGUUCAGCGCCGAUUGCGGAGCUGCUGCAUCUCCCGCUGCUGUCGCAGUCGUGGUCGCUGGAGGAAGAUCGCGAGCUAGAGCGAGUAUUGGCGAGGCAUGCGGAUAGCAAGCUAUCUCCGUUACAGAGGUACCUGCUAGUGGCCGCGUGUCUGCCGAGCAAGACCGCUAGAGACGUGGCGAUUCGCUGCAGAUGGCGCGACAAGGCUCGAGAGCAGCACAAGCGGAAGCUCGGAAGCCCACAGGCCACUUCCCCGCGGAAGAAGGCAUCGCGCAGCACAGACACGCGCGGAGCAGCAGCAGCGGACGCAGCGCAUAACGAGGCAGCGCAGGCAGCGCAUAACGAGGCAGCGCAGGCAGCGCAUAACGAGGCAGUCAAUGAGGAGGACAGGCUGCUGGCGCAAGGCCUGGGCGAAUCGCCGCCAGUGAAAGCAGAGGACGGUGUUGGAGGGAGCGGGGAGGAAGGGGGCGGGUGGGGGGAUGGGGGCGUGAGGGGGGAUGGGGAUGCUGGUGUGGGCGCGAGUGGUGCGCCAGCCAAGGGCACGGCCCUUGGAACGGACAACAUGAGUGGUGGCUUGAGUGUUGGUGCUGGUUGCGACAAGAAGGAUGCUGCUGCUGCUACCGGUGCUGCUGAUGCCGCCAAUGCCGCAGAUGUCACUUUCCUGAUUCCGCAACUGGAACCACAACAGGACGGGGGGCAGCAGGGGGUGCAGCAACAGGGCGUGCAGCAGGGGGUGCAGCCAGGGAUGCAGGCUCAUAAAUCAAAGCAGAAAUCAAAAGCACGUGGAGCACUUCACAAUAGAGGGGUUAAAGCCCCAUUCCUGUCGCAUCCAUCCCUGGCUGCACAAGGGUCAUUUGAAUCUCCCGGCUCGUCAGUGUCGCCCACGUCAGUGCUCACAGCCAUGGCAUCACCACCAGUAGCCAUGCGGCCGUCGUCCCCUUUGUUGUCAUCUGUGGUACCGUGGAGUGUGCCGGUGGAGCAGGAGGCACGGCUGGCGCAUAGCACUGUUCUCAUCGAGAAGAUCAAAGAGGCUCUGCGAUUGCAAAAGUUACACGACUCCAGCCACAUGUUGCAGCAGCUGAAGCGCAAUCUAGUAUUGUCAGUGGAAAGAGCUGCCAUUCUCGUUGGGCUCCGGAAAGUACACGGAAAGUACACGAACCUCGAAUUACACUCUGCGCGCGAAUUCGCAAGCAUGGCGGCGGCGAGCCGUUCUUCCGCAGAAAUUCGCCGUCGGCUGGGGCAGCGGAUAGUCUCCCCGCGUGUUGCGGCGCUCGGCGCCGCGCUGUGGCCGCGUGUGUCGCUCCGCGUCCGCGUCUCCGUAUGGGUGUUCGCGUGGGCGUGCGCGUGCGCGCUGCUGCUUUCCUCUGCUCGGCGCGCAGCGGCUUGGGAGUGCACCAACAUCCCAUCACAGCCGCACGAGUUUUUCAACAGUCCCUCCGUGCGCGAGCACCUCCGCGUGCUGAGCCACCACGCGGACAGCCGCGCAGCCGCGGACGCGCUGGCGGGGAGAACCUCCCGUCCCUCCGCGGACGCUGCAGACACUGCGGGCGCUGCGGACGCGGGGGGAAACGGGGGAAGCGGAAAGCGGCGAGCCAUGCGGGAGUGGCACCCGCACUUCCUCUCGCCCCUGCCGCUGCAUGCCGUCCGCCUUUCGCCGGCCACGCGUCAGUUUGCCGCCCAGAGCACCAACCUCGAGUACCUCCUGACGCUCGACGCCGACCGCCUGCUGUGGUCGUUCCGGCGGACGGCAGGGGAGGAGGAACCAAUAGGGAGGCCGUACGGAGGAUGGGAGAGCCCUAACAGUGAACUGAGGGGGCACUUUGUGGGCCACUACCUCAGCGCAUCAGCCCUGGCGUGGGCGUCAACGGGCAGCACAACCCUUAAAGCCCGCAUGGAGUACAUGGUGGGCGAGUUGGGCACGUGUCAGCAGCGCAUUGGCUCGGGGUACCUCUCUGCCUUCCCUGAGGAGUUCUUCGACCGAGUGGAGGCCAUCCAGCCCGUGUGGGCGCCCUACUAUACUGUUCACAAGAUCAUGGCCGGCCUGUUGGACCAGUACCAGCUGGGCGGCAGCCGGGCGGCGCUGCGCAUGCUGACGUGGAUGGCGGAGUACUUCCGGGGGCGCGUGCAGCGAGUCAUCGAGCGGCACACGGUGGCACGCCAUUGGCUGUCGCUCAACGAGGAGUUUGGCGGCAUGAACGACUUACUCUACCGCCUCUAUGCCAUCACACGCGAUCCCCACCACUUGGAGUUGGCUCAUCUCUUCGACAAGCCGUGUUUCCUGGGCCCGUUAGCCUUGGGAGCGGAUGACCUGCCGAGGCUGCACGCCAACACGCACAUCCCCAUCGCCAUCGGCGCUCAGAUGCGCUACGAGGCCACUGGGGACAGUUUAUAUCGGCACCUCUCGCACCAUUUUCUCGCCCUUGUCAACACCUCACACUCCUUCACCUCUGGAGGCACCUCCGCCUUUGAGUUCUGGCAAGAACCGCAUCGGAGUGGGCACAUACUGGCACAGGAGGAUCAAGAAUCUUGCACCACUUACAACAUGCUUAAGGUGGCCUGCAAUGCCUUCCGAUGGACUCGCUUGGUGAAAUCUCCUGGACUACUACGAGCGAGCCGUCAAUGA